UGACGUUGCAACAACCUUUCUAUACUAUCGACUUGCAUGGAUUUAAAUACAAAUUGAUACAUAGUACAUUUCCAGGGAUUAGCAUGCUGCUUCUGGUCGCUUUGACGGUAUUUUCGUGCGCAGCCGGAAACGAUGCUUUAACAGGACAUGUUCGGCCUUGCACUUCCUACCUCGGACUUCAGAAUGUCGUCCUAUGGCGUAGCAACCAGACUCACGACCUUCACAUGACUAUUGGAGACAAUUCAGGAAACUGCACGGAUGUCGGAACCUGCGGCCAGGACACGAUCGUCGAAAGCAGCAUCGACAUACAGAGCGGUGAUAUCCUCCAGGUCUAUCUGAAUAUCACUGAUGAUAAAGAGAACGGGACUAGCAGCGUACCCCCGGCGACGACCCCAUCAGCCACGACGGUGUCACCAGCUCCGACUGUCGCACCCGUUCGAGUCUUCUCCGUCUCCAGGCCUGGUCCGACUACAUGCGACACCUCGGAUGGCGUACCACUCGACGUCGUGUACAUGGCCAUCGACGGCAGCAACCUGCUCACCUUCUACGAAAAAGACCUCACCGAGGGAAUCAACAUGCUUCUAAUUGUUUCAGGAAGUUGGGGCGGUCGCUGCGCAAAGAUAAAAGUAACAGUUAAGUCUAAUAAUUGUGGAGACAGCGAAAACUGUUCGAAGAAGGGAGCCUGCUACACAAAUUCCUCUAUGGAGGAUUACGAGUGUCAAUGCUGCCACGGUUACAUUGGGCCACACUGCGAAGAAUGGGACUCUUGCUUCCGAAAUCCAUGCAAAAACAACGGAAUCUGCGUCGAUAUCUCUCAGGGGCACGAAGGAAAUACUUUUCAAUGCCUCUGCCCAUUCGGUUUUACCGGCAAAUUCUGUCAAGAUACAACAGAUCCUUGUCAGUCCAGCCCUUGCCAGCAUGGUGGGUCAUGCAGGCAGAGCAAUGAGACAGCUCAUCAGUAUAAAUGCACUUGCAGUCCUGGUUUCACCGGAACACUCUGUCAAACCCCCCUGGAUAUUUGCGGUUCUUAUCCUUGUCAUAAUGGGAUCUGUGUUAACGAACAUGAUGGCUUCAGGUGUUUUUGUAGACCAGGAUUCACCGGAAAUCAAUGUGAAGAGGAGUAUAACGAGUGCGAGUCCUCGCCUUGCAAGAACGGUGGCACAUGUAUAGAUCGUGUAAAUGCUUUCUCUUGCACCUGUCCACCAGGGUACACUGGUAACAGAUGUCAGUACAGGGUAGUUAAGAACUUAUGCGAGCCAAACCCAUGUUCUCACCAUCAUUACUGCAUCAACAAACCUAACAACACGUAUUCAUGCGAAUGUCCAAAAGGUUAUACUGGUGCUAACUGCCUUAUUCCUACAAGAGCGGCAUGCAGUGCUAACCCAUGCAGAAACGGAGGAACUUGCUGGAGCAGUGUCGACUCAUUCUACUGUGCCUGCCGCCCUGGAUUCACUGGAAAAAUUUGCAACGAGGAGGUUAUAAUGGAAGCGAUACCAUCAGCUUCUGAUACGAUAGAGAUAGAUGGAAGUGAUCCUGUCAUGGAUCUAGAAACACCAUUGGAUAUGUCAAGAGUACCAUUGCACCUGGAUCAUCUUCAUAACGUAUAUGUUGCAGCUGGAACGCUAGCUUGUGCUAUACUCAUCGUGAUUGUUACUGUGAUUAUCUGCCAUUGCCGAAUGCACGAGACUUACAAACACUGUUGCUUUAAGACUUCGCCUCUGAUUCCAUGUCAUAUAACACGACUUGACACUGUGCUGAAAAAGAAUGGCAUUGAAAGGGAUAAAGAGCCAUUGGCCAAAUCGAGACCGUUCCCCGCACUCGAUUCAUCUGACAUGUACUAUGCUCUGGACUUUAGCGACUCACAGUCAUCACCUCUCAUCCAAUAGACACAGCCGACGGUUCAAUACACCAGACAAUACGAACAUCUGCUGCCCACUUUAAUACGGAGUUGAGCUUUUACCGUUCAAAAGUGACACAUGAAUUUCUGAUAGAUUGUAUUUAACAGAAGGAUAGUUUCGUCUUUAUGAUAUAUACAAUUUCUCACGAUUAAGUUUUUAAUCGACUUUUCUCAUUAGAAAUGUUGCUUAGAGAACUCAAAAGUGAGAAGAAUUUAAGAAAAAAUAUGCAUACUUAAAUGUUUUGAAUGUAAUCCAUUGAAUCUUUAUACUGAGCUUACUAUAAAAGUUUGGAAAAAAAUGAAUAAAAUAAAAAGGAAGGCAAGAAAUAACAUAGUGUAUAUAAUAAAGUAGAUGUAAUUACAAUUUACGUUUAUUCUUUUUUUUUUUACAUUUUAGAUUUAAAUCUUCUACCUCACAAAAAAAAAUUAUUAAUAGUGUUUUUUUCCUCCAGUAGUAUUCUUGCUGUUAAAUGUUGAGAUGUUCAAUGUAUAAGACAAUUGUGGUAUGAGUACAAGCAGACUAUUUUAAUGUGCACAAUCAAAUGAAAUUGCUCAAGGGCAUGCAGGAAUCUCACUUUCAAUGUGCCAAAAAUAACAAUUCACAUAUCUGUUGUUAGUGUAUUCUGAUGAAUUUAUUCCUGCUCAAAAUCUAUAGUUGUAGAAGAUUACAUUUGGAAAAUAAAAAUAAAAUUAAACCACAAGUUUAGACAGUGGAAAUAAAAGCUUCCAUAUUGUGCAUUGUUAAUAAUUCAAGUUAGAAUAUUUACAGGGCUAACUGAUUCACCCGCUUUGUAGUCAGUGUGAAAAAGAAUUUAUUAACAGGUGUUAACCCCCAAAAUAGGUAUUUAUUCCAUUGUUGUACCAUUAUUGUAAUUGGACAUGUCAAGUUUGUAUAUGAAACUAUUUUAAAAAAUCAAAUAAAUUCAAAAAUUGUUUUAAUACAAA